CCCUGAGGUGAGCAACGUUCUUCACGCAGGCUUAAGUCCUUUCAUGGAUUGCAUGGCACACUUUUGGGGAGUUCGCUUCUCCAGCUAUUAAGCGCGAGAGUCAACAAUUCAGUCGUUGCGACUUCGGUACCGAAUUACAAAAACGGCAGUUCCCAAUGUUUGUUCCAUGGCUGUUGAAGAUGAUGAGUUCGCCGACCUAGAAGAUAUCCAAUUCAGCAGGGAGGAACUCCAAGCGAUCGAGGCCAUCGAAGGCCGCGCGUCAGAUGCAUCCGUGACGUGUUGUACGGCUCCUGCUGUUUCACCCGCAUUCGAGCCCGCCACCUCGUGCAAGGGAGAAGCGUCCGUUCCUCCCCCUGCAGCCUUGGGUCCUUCACUAUCGCACGACUCCAGUGGGGCCUCCACUGAGGUCGUCAAGAUGCGUCGACUCCAUUUAUUGAAUGUAUUCAGACCUGUUGGUUCGCUGUCGGUAACCGACCUUGUUGGCCCGCAAUGGUGCGAGCUUAAGUUCGACUACACAUUGAGGUGGGGGAAUAGGUGGCAAAGAGUGAUAAAUAAACCUUCACAUAUAAUUACGGCUCGUGGCAAGCGAAUCGAAGUCGAAAAGACGGCAGCGAAACAAAGCGAAGCCAUUAUGGAUUCGGGCCGCUCUAUACACAAAAAGCUCGAACGCGCAAUUCAGCCUGAGGAGAUCGUCGUACCUGUCAUCACUGGGGAAGAGCGAGUUGCAUCAAAACUAUUGACUAUGAUUUCUUGUAUCCAACUCUUGAAAACUUUAGGAUACUGUAGGGAGUUCCCAGUGAUGGGUAUCAUAGAUGACAUCCUUAUCAUUGGUGUUAUCGAUGAGAUAGUACGAAAGGAAGUAGAGCAACCGAAAACGAAAAAGGAGAGGGCUCGAUAUGCUCGUCAACAGGCAAUUUUGCGAUUCCUUUCGCCCACUAAGCACACUCCUUCAGAAGAGAAUUUUACUCGCACAGGAGCCUUGCCCGGCUCAUCCUAUAUCCUCCAUCUCAUCGAUAACAAAUCUCGUUCCUUGCCUCACAUGCCGCCCGAACGUGACCGCAUCCAAUCUCGUCUUCAACUCAUGCUAUAUAAGCGUCUGCUGGAGAACCUCCUCGAACCAAAGCCCUUCCUUCAAACCCUUUCAAAGUACUCCGUGAAUCUUCGCGCAACCUUUUCCCCUAAAUUCCUCCAAGCCCAGGAAGUACUCUGCGUUAGCAAUAGUCUGAGCGAGGUAACUCGUGAAGCGACUUGCCUCGAAGAUCUAGUUGUUGCGUUUCAGGAUGCUGUCAUGCAACUGCACCUUGUUCCUCGAUCCGAACGGUCGUCUUCGCCCGUCGAGAAUGAGCUCGAACUUGUCUACAGGUCCAGAGGACCCGACGAAUCCUCUGGACCAAGAAAGCGUGCCCGAAGGCACGGGAAGUCACGUCCAAUCCCGCUUCAACAGAGUGGGAGCUCAAAUGGAAACCUUCUUGAAGCGAAAGCUCGAGAGCAGUUGUUAGUAAAUGAUCUAGGGCUUCGAACUUCCGCGCCUCCAUCGGAAUACGAGGGUUCUUCUUGUAGUGGUAUCUCUACUCCACUCAGCGCUAUUGAAGAACUGCCCAGCGCCGGAACUGAAACGAAUCCUGCAGUUGUAUUCGGGGCAAAGAUAACCGAAUCUACUACCAAUCUUGGAAAGGACUAUUUCGGAUCUAAUGCACCUCUUGGAGAUGCCCCCCUGGAACUACCAACCAAUGUAUAACCGAGUUGAUAACUACAAAAACCCCUCCUGAUGUGCCUGAAGGUC